UCACUGUUACCAGCUGCUGGACCGUUCCAAUCUCUGUCGGAGUGGAAACACGGGGGCCGACAGAACUCUCUUUUCUCCCUUCCCGUUUACCUCAUUGUGCUUUUUCAUUUCACCCUGCUUUUCUCCGUCUCCCUUUCCUUUAGUGGGUAACUUUUCCUUUGCACUGCCUUUCUAUCUACGUUUCAGGGUUUUCCUAGCUUCGCUUAUUCGAGCACCAUUAUUUAUUUAUUUAUUUAUUUAUUCAUUCAUUUUAAAAUAGGACAAUACAUUUAUAUAUUGUACAUGUUCCACAAAUGAGAAGACGCAAAAGAUGGAGUUGCACAUUUUAGAACAUAGCUUGAAAGUAGCCAGUAUAGCUAAAGAGGGCAUCCAGAUUUGCACCCACGGAUUAAUCAAACUCGCCUUCCUGCCCUCUAAAACAAGGUGUAAAUUUUUUAGUCUUACAGAAACUCCAGAGGAUUAUACCAUAAUUGUUGAUGAAGAGGGCUUCAAAGAGCUACCACAGUCGGAGUACCUUAGUGUUGCAGAGGCUACAUGGUUGGCUCUCAAUGUGGUAUCUGGAGGUGGCAGUGCCACUAGCUCUCAGCCAAUUGGAGUGACUAAAAUUGCCAAGUCAGUGAUUGCCCCUUUGGCGGACCACAACAUCUCUGUGUUCAUGUUGUCUACCUAUCAGACGGACUUCAUACUGGUGCGGGAGAGAGAUUUACCCAUGGUCAUGCACACUUUAUCCUCUGAGUUCACCCUCCUACGGGUUGUGAAUGGAGAGACGGUAGCCGCCAACAGCACAGGGGUCACAAAUGGUUUUGUCAAGCCAAAACUUGUCCCCCGGCCCAUCAUUCACCCCCUAUCCAGCCCUAGUAACAUGUUUUGCGUGACGAGCCUGGACCCUGACACACUGCCCUCUGUGGCCACCCUCCUCAUGGACGUCAUGUUUUACUCUAGCGGAGUGAAAGAGUCAGGAGCAUCUGGUGACGAUUCUGGACACAUCCGGUUCUUCUCGUUCUCGCUUAUAGAGGGCUAUAUUUCUCUCGUCAUGGAUGAGCAGACUACUCGAAGGUUUCCCAAUAAUGUCCUUUUUACCAGUGCUUCGGGAGAGCUUUGGAAAAUGGUCCGCAUCGGAGGUCAACCAUUAGGAUUUGAUGAAUGUGGUAUAGUUGCGCAGAUAUCUGAACCUUUGGCUACCGCUGACAUUCCAGCCUACUACAUUAGUACCUUCAAGUUUGACCAUGCCCUUGUCCCAGAAGAGAACAUCCAGAGUGUGAUUGGAGCCUUGAGGACCAAUGAGAGAGCGGGACACUGAAGGUCAUGCAAAUGGAUGACAGUGUCUUGUCCUUUCUGUCAUAUUGAUUUCUUAUUAUCUCAAACUCUUAAAAGUGCCAAGAGCUUACCAGUGGUCUGCUGUGGGUGGGGUAGGGUGGGGAGAGGGAUCAGAGCAAAUAAACCUUGGAAGGGUUUUUUUUUUUUUUUUUUUUGUUCUGGGAGGGUAAUGGUGGGCGUAGCGUGUUUGGCUGUAGUUCCGCAAUCAGCAGUGAGCCCUCCCUGUUCUGCUUACAGUUACUGUGCCAAUAUCCACUCCACUCGGCC